ACAAGACAUACGUGACCAGCACUACCUCCACCUACCAUCUCUAAUAAUCAAACAAUGAUAGAAGCUUGUGAGGCCUAUAUCGUUUUUGAUUUCCUGUCGAUUCACUACUGAUUAAAUUACACCGUGAAAUUAACAUGGAGGAGAGGAUGGGAUAUGUGAUCAGGGAAGCUUCUUCAUUUUUCAACCAAUGCUCUGCAGGCUCUAUUGUGACUAAACAUACAGUUCUCUAUAUCUCUCGGGAUCAUCGCUUCAUUAGUUUAAGCUUCUGGGUUUGUCUCUUUCUCUCACCCUCAUCACUUUGGUAAAUUAACAUGGGCGAUUUGUACAAUGACUUUUACAGCAAAAUCUACGUUUAGAUCAGUUGACAUUGAUGAAACAAUAAGCAGCUAGCUAGCCAUGCUUCAAGGUAACAAAUUUUGCAUGGGCAAAGUGUAACUGACUAAUGGAUAACAGGAAUGAGAGACGAAGAUCUAUGAGGCUUUAUAAGUGGUUUAAAAAGGAGCACAAGAGACCAGUGCCUUAUCAUUUGAAUGAAGUUUCUGAUGGUGGUGAAGAUGAUGGGGGUGAUGAGAUGGAAGAUAGUUACUUUAGGUCAAUGGAGAUGGCUCCAUGCACUUCAAGCAAUGAGUUAAGAAUCUUUGUGGGAACUUGGAAUGUCGCUGGAAGAUCUCCCGUAGGGAGCUUGGCUGUAGAUUUGGAUGAGUGGCUAAAUCUAAAGGAUGCUGCGGACAUUUAUGUUCUUGGGUUCCAAGAGAUUGUACCCUUAAAGACUCGAACUGUGAUAGGAGCAGAAGACCCAACAGAAGCAACAAAUUGGAAUUUACUGAUAGGGAAAACGCUCAAUAAUAAAUAUGGAUGCCCUUGGUUGACACCCACGUUGAAUCCAAUCUCAAGUGACAACUACCACUACAAUGGCUUUCAAGAAUCUCAACAGAGGGCAAGUUUUAGCGGCCUUAGAGGGAUUCCAAUGACAGACUGGUCAAGAAGUCAGCAUGAGCAGCUCUAUGGAGGCAGCAAGUACAAGCUCAUGGCGAGCAAGAAGAUGGUGGGAGUCUUUAUAAGUGUGUGGAUGAAGAAGGAAUUGCUAAGAAAGUAUUGCAUUUCAAAUGUGAAAGUUUGCUCAGUGGCUUGUGGCAUCAUGGGGUAUUUGGGAAACAAAGGUUCGGUUUCUGUUAGCAUGUCAAUUGAAGGAACUAGUUUUUGCUUCAUAGCUGCACACUUAGCUUCUGGUGAGAAGAAAGGCGAUGAAGGCCGGAGAAAUCACCAAGUCUCAGAGAUUUUCCGGCGAACUACGUUUCCUAGAUCACCUAAAGAUGAUGAUAAUCCACAUCCUCUCACCAUUUUAGGACAUGAUCAAAUAUUCUGGUUCGGGGAUCUCAACUAUAGGCUGUACUUGGAAGACAACUUAGCUAGGCAUCUGAUAAAGAAACAAGACUGGAGAGCAUUGCAAGAGUUUGAUCAGCUUCGCAGGGAACAAGAAGAUGGAGUAUUUCAAGGUUGGAGAGAAGGAGACAUUGAAUUUGCACCUACAUACAAGUAUUCUUCCUCGAAUUGCAAUCGGUACUCUGGUGGAGUUCCAAACAGAUCAGGAGAGAAGCAAAGGACUCCAGCAUGGUGUGACAGAAUUCUAUGGUAUGGGAAAGGAGUAAAACAACUCUCAUAUUUUCGAAGCGAAAGUAAGUUCUCAGAUCAUCGACCAGUCUCUGCCUUAUUCUCUACACAGGUGGAAGUCAUGAAGUCUACAAAUUCAAGAGGGGUUGAAAUCCACACACUUCUUCCUAGCAUUAUAAUUCCUGAGCAGACUGGGCAAGAAAAGACUGAUGAAGAAGAGAAAUCUACAUUGUUAUCAUUGAUAGUAAAGGAUAUGGAAUCACCAACACAUAUCAAGAAUCUGUAAAUAAAACAGAUAAAGUGGACAAAGAUGGGUUUUGGCUAAUUACGAUGUUGCAGGCUGGCCUGUGGGGAUACACUAUUUUUUCUUUAAAAUUACUUUACUUUUGUCCUGCUGUUAUGGCUGGGGAUUCAUUAUUUGCUCAUUUAGUUUGACCCCACAAAUAGAAAAGAGAGUCGAUCAUUGAAUAAAUGUAAUUAAUAUUCUUUGAUAUAUAUGUCUCUUCAAUAAAGAGUACCAAGGAAUUUCCUAGAGAA